AUUCUCUCUGUCCCAGCAGGCAAUGCACACACCACGGAGAGCGUACGUAGUGAUAACAGGCUAGGACAAGCUAGCAACGGAGGCUUUUGUGGUUUUCAAAACAUUCCAGAAAUAAAACCUAUAGUUUAUGCAAAAGAAGUCAAAGAAACAGCCUACGUGUCAUCAGCAGGAUUAGGGAUGGAGUUCCCUGUGGACGUGUUGGGAUCAGUGAGACACGAGGAGGAGGAGCAGGAGGCAGAGGGCUACAUGACCCAGCUACGAUACGUCAGCCCCGACAAGGCCGAGCGCUUUACCCUGCCCAGCCACKGAAUGAUCUGUAUCAGUCUGUGUAARGUUGGUUUUGUUCCCAUCUAUGGAGGAGACCUGAAGCAUAAGAUUCUGGCCCUGUUCUCCCCAGAGGACCAGCUCACAGCGGUAGCUUUGUUUCUGGCGGGUCAGUGGUGGUCUGUCGAGGACAUCCUCAGAACCUCCGACCCCUCCAGAACUGGCCUCCUCAAGGUGAGGAGUCUUGGUGAGCGGAUCGUCCUGUACAUUCUGAACCGUAUCGUGUACCGCGUGGGUGAGAUGGACAAYCCUGAGGUGCCCUUCCUGUGCCACGGACAGAACCACUUCGCCAAGCUCCUUUGGAAGGAUGGACACGCUGUCGGUUUCUACUCUGUCAAACCCAAAGACAGCUUGUGUAAUAGCUUUGUGACCCAACGCUACCAGCUGCCUGUCAUGGACUCCAUCUUUGUCAGGAAGUGUCAUCGUGGAAACAGUCAUGGUCUGCAGAUGUUGGAGGAUUUUGUGGACUCUUUCAAAGAUGACCAGCUCGGCCUGAAGUACCCUCUCUCUCUAACCAUGUAUAAAGUGUGUGGCCAGUAUCUGUGUCGGUACCCAGCUGACCAGGACCUGCUGUGGGUGGUAGAGGGAGUGGGAGGACCCUACCAGAGGGAGAGAGUGGCCAACAAGAUCAAAACACUGAAAGUGGUGCUCCCCGUGGUGACGGCUAAUGGAGAUCACCAAGCAGCCUCUCUGGACAGCACAGACGUCAACAUGGAAGAGGGCUCAGACAACUGUCUGGACAUCACCGAGGAAGUUUUGGUGCUGAAUAAGCCCCUCAAGUUAAUAGAAGCCCUGGAGGGCACACCAGUGUCAACACAUACCUGGAGUAGUGGACAUAAAAAGCGUGGCAGAGUAGAGAUGGAAGACUCUGAGGAGGAGAGCCAGCCUCUGAAGAUGAAGAGAUUGGAGGAGGCAGAGCCCACCACCACAGCUGUAGAGGGAGAGGAGGAAGGAAGCGGGGGGGAUGAGACCGAGUCUGGAGAAGCAGAGGCUGCUCUGUCCCCUAUAGAGGAGGCCAAAGCUCAGGAGGCUGAGGUCAAAGGAGAACUGACUGAUGACCAGGGAGAGGAGGAAGAGGUUGCCACACAGGAGCCUGAUGCUGUGCUGGAGAACAGAACGACAGAGGAAGAUAUGGAAAUGGAGGAGGAGGAUACGAAGGAGGAAGACUCCAUUGAGGCUAAAGACACCGUAGAUGCAGCUCCUGUGGCAUCAGAGGAAUUAGCUGAGACGGAAGCUGUGGUGAAGGAGGCUCCUCUCCUGUUAGAAGAACCAGACUCUGCUACAGAGAAGGCCCCUUCGCCUGCAGAGCCCUCCCUCUCUGGGGAGGUGAUUGAGGAGGCAGGGGGCGAACCUCCAGAGGAGGCCGCAGCUACACCCAUGGAAGGAGCGUUAGAGGGAGAAAAGGAGGUGGCGGAGAAAGCGGUGYAGGAAGAGGAGAAAUCCAUGGAGGCGGCCAUCACAGUGGACAGCAGUAGCCAGGAAACAGUGGUCCAGGUGGGGMUYGCAGACCUGUCCUACCAGCCUCCGGAGGAAGGAGAGAACCAGCCUCUCACAGAGGAAGAAGGAGAGGAGGCGGCAAGAGAAGAGGUCAAAGAGGACAAAAAGAAAGAGGUAGAAGAGAUGGAGAACGUUACAACCACAGAGGAUGAGAAAGAGGAGGGAGAGAGUGAGAGCUCAGACGAGGGUGGCGACGGUAAGGUCCUUUGGAGGAGAGGCAGUGGCCAAGCGGCGGCGCCUAAACAUAAAUCUAAGAGACUGAGCAGAGUGGUCAUGGAGCCCGAGGAGCAGGGCACAGAGCAGCCGGAGGUCAUGGAGGAAGAGGAGGAGAAAGCUAGAACGACAGAGGAGGAAGAGGGGGCUGUAGAGAAGAGCUUGGCUGAGGAAGAGGUGGAGGAAGAAGAGCACCCACCAGUGAUUGACCAGAGAGCAUUGAGGAAGAAGAGCCGACAGGUCCAGGCUCCAAAGAAAGCCAAAGGGAAACGACGCAGCAAGAUCUAAACAAAGCAGCCGUUGCAUGUAUAAAAACACACACAAAACACAUGUUUAGAGGUGUGCAGUAAGGGAUGUUUUCUACCUGGUUUUAGGGUUUGUAAGGCAUCUAAAGUUAACAUGUAUUAUCUCUGUACGAUGUUGUUUAGAUGUUUACUUUAGGUCGUUUUAUGAAAGGUUUAAGUACAUGAAUACUCAAUACUCGCUGUUGCAAUAAGUCAAUGUGAAGUCUUUUUAAUGUUCAGGUGGGAUUUUAUUCUUGUUUCUAUUGCCUUGUUCUUUCAGUACUGACUGAGAUUGUGUUUCACAGGUCUGAUGUGGUAGUUUGAAGAUGAUUUUCAUUCUCUAGCUCAGUUAAAMUUUUUCCUAUAGCCUGGUC